GGUACCUACGGCAUCGCAAAUCAUUCAGACUAAAAAAUAUUACUCGUUAAUUUUACGAAAUUUAGUAAAAGUGAAGUGUGACGGAUAAAUUGUUGAAAUCGUUUAUCGUGAGAAAAAUGUGCAAACAAAAACUGAAUGUGUAAAAAUCGUUAUUUUCGAGUAAUUUUGUUCAGCAAUAACCAGCUGAUGGCGGGUGAAAAUACGGGAAUGGCUUGGCAGUUGAGUGAACAUACAUUGGAAGAUUUUUAGAGUGGUUUUUAUCACGAGAAUUGUAUAUAUUAGCCACCGAGGGAAAAUACAAUCGAUUUAAGAUUAACGAAAUAAUUUCUUUAGAAUCGAACCAGUUGAUAAUUGGGCGUGCUCUGAAGUAUAAGUAUAAGCACACACCUUGUGGCUUGUCAUUGAUAUUUAGCAACCAUUCAUAAAUUCUGGACUAUAAAUACACUCAAAUGAUGCGUUUGAAAUUCUGUACAAUUUGACGAAAAUUCGAAGUAGUGAAAUGCAGAGUGAUCUUAUACUGACCCCUUUGUAAAUAGUGUGUUUGCUUGCCUUGUUAUUUUUGUUACUACUAAAGGUUUCUAUUAUCCACAAUGUCGGCGACGACGUUCGUCGAUAGAAUUGAUCCUUUUGCCAAAAGAUCACUCAAAAAGAAGACCAAAAAGUCACAAGGCAGUUCCAGAUAUAGGAACUCCCAAGAUGUUGAACUUCAACCCCUACCACUUCUUAAAGAUGUGCCAGCAUCAGAACAAGAAGAACUAUUCAUACGUAAACUUAGACAGUGCUGUGUAGCAUUUGAUUUUAUGGAUCCAGUGGCAGAUCUAAAGGGCAAAGAGGUGAAAAGAUGUACCUUGAAUGAAUUGGUGGAUUAUAUAACUGGAGGACGGGGUGUUCUUACUGAGCCUGUUUAUCCAGAAAUUAUUAAAAUGAUAUCUGCAAACCUAUUUCGGACAUUACCUCCAAGUGAAAAUCCUGACUUUGAUCCAGAAGAAGAUGAUCCUACAUUGGAAGCGAGCUGGCCUCAUCUCCAAUUGGUUUAUGAAUUUUUUCUAAGAUUCUUAGAGAGUUCAGACUUUCAACCGACAAUAGGAAAACGUGUGAUUGACCAGAAAUUUGUUCUGCAGCUGCUAGAAUUGUUUGAUUCAGAAGAUCCAAGGGAGCGAGAUUUUCUUAAGACAGUAUUGCAUCGUAUAUAUGGAAAAUUUUUAGGCCUUCGAGCCUUCAUUCGAAAACAAAUUAAUAAUAUAUUUUUGAGGUUUGUGUAUGAGACUGAACAUUUUAACGGAGUUGGUGAACUUUUAGAAAUCUUAGGUUCCAUAAUAAAUGGGUUUGCGUUACCGCUAAAAGUUGAACACAAGCAGUUCCUGGUAAAGGUACUAAUACCUUUACAUAAGGUUAAGUGCCUGUCACUCUAUCACGCGCAGCUAGCCUAUUGUGUUGUACAAUUCUUAGAAAAAGACCCGAGCUUGACGGAACCUGUCGUUAGAGGCCUUCUCAAAUAUUGGCCAAAGACUUGUAGUCAAAAAGAAGUGAUGUUUUUGGGAGAAAUUGAAGAAGUUCUAGACGUUAUUGAACCAUCCCAGUUUUUGCGCAUUCAGGAACCACUGUUUAGGCAAAUAUCUAAAUGUGUUUCCAGUCCACAUUUCCAGGUGGCAGAGAGAGCUUUAUACUUCUGGAACAACGAGUAUAUUAUGUCUCUGAUGGAAGAAAAUAACCGUGUUAUAAUGCCAAUUAUGUUCCCAGCAUUGUAUCGUAUAUCCAAAGAACACUGGAACCAGACUAUAGUCGCACUUGUAUACAAUGUUCUUAAAACAUUUAUGGAAAUGAACUCUAAACUUUUCGAUGAACUUACAGUCAGUUACAAAGCGGAAAGGCAAAAGGAAAAGAAACGAGAGAAAGAACGAGAUGAACUUUGGAAGAAAUUAGCAGAGCUUGAGAUAUCACAUAAUAAAACCAUGCCUGCACAACUUAAUAGCCCAUCCAACAAAAAGUGAUAAUAUAAUAACAGCCUAAUUAACCCUGCCCCUUGUUAAUUGUUUGCUGGUAAGUAAGACACCAUGCAGGUGGUAAUACUCCCAUCACCAUCUCUCUGUCUCUCUCAGUUGGAGCAUGCUUCACAACACCAGAAACAUUAUUACAUAUAUACAUGUAUAUGUCUUUAUUACUUACACCAACUUGUUCUUGCACUGGCAGUGUAUUGAACGUUUUAUGUAAAUUAUUUUAUGUUACUAAAAUAACUAGUCUAUUAUUUUGUGAACUGUUAUUUUUAAAAUAUCAUUUUAUAAGUAUUUUCCCUUUGUAAAAUUAUCGCAUUAAAAUAAUAGAUUC